AUGAAACUCAAGAGUGUUACAUGUUUAAUUAUUUCUUUAAUUUUCCUACAUUUGAGUGUGGAGUGUGUUCUUGGGGAUGGACCUAAGGAUGGAUCUGGUGGAGGAGGAGGUGGCGGGGGUGGAGGCGGUGGUGCUGGUGGAGGAUCCGGACGCGGUAGAGGAUUUGGAGCUGGUGGUGGAGACGGAGGAGCUCGUGGGGGAGGCGGAGGAGGUGGUGUGGGAGGUGGAUCUGGACGUGGUGGUGGAUUUGGUGCUGGAGGAGGACGUGGUGGUGGAGCCGUCGGAGGAGGUUUUGGGGGAGGCGGUGGAUUUGGUGGAGGUGAAGGAGGUGGUGUGGGAGGUGGAUCCGGAUGCGGUGAAGGAUUCGGAGCCGGAAAAGGAUCUGGUGGUGGAGCUGGAGGAGGUCUUGGGGAGGCGGUGGAUUUGGUGCUGGAGGAGGUGUUGGACCUGGUGGUGCUGGUGGUGGCGCAGGUGUAG